AUGUCUUAAAAAUCAAAAACCCUACUGCAACUACUUCAGCAAUAAUAGCAUUUCCAUGAUGAUAUCAAUACAUCUUUGGAGUCUAAUUACAGACAUAGCUCAGAACAUACAGAAAAGAAGUUUGAUCUCAAAUUACAAAAAUCCAUACUCGAUCUCUAUUCAUAAAUUAAAAGCAACAUCCUCAAAACUGAAGAUCAUGUACAAAUCCUAUUCUAAAUUAGUUAUUAUUAUGCUAAAUACGAAAGUUAGUGCCUUUGGACAAACCAGAAGAUCUCUAUACAGAUCCAAAUAGUUUAAUUUGUUAUAUAGGAUGCAUUUUCACAGUUCUAAUGCAAGAUAAAGUAUUUUUUAAAUCGUAUUAGUUAAAUUUAGAAUAAUAAGUAGAGGAACAAAAAAUUAGAGAUCAAAGUGAUUAUGAAGAGUAAUUGAUUAAAUUAGAAGCAGAAAUUAGAUAACACAUAAGAGUAAUUUAAAAAUCUAAAUUAGAUUGAAUAAUAAUUGAAGUUGUUUGCAGAAAAUACACAAUCAAAAUUGGAAGAUGCUUUGAAAAUAAAAGAAGAAUUAGAAGAAGAAUUAUAAGGAAUCAAAAGUGAUUUUUAAGUCUUAUAUGAAAAGAACAACACCUUGAAUCAGAAACUAAAAUCAUAGGAAAAGGAAAUCUAAAUGAUUAAAAAUAAUAGUACAAUAGACACGACAAAUCAAUCUCUUAAAUCUACCUUAAACAAUCAAAAGUCAUAAUACAAAAAGGAGAACAUAGAAAAUGAACAUCCAAAGUAAUAAUCUAUUACAAUCAAUUUAUAAGUUGAUAAAUAGAAGCCUCCUCUUUAAGAUUAUGUAUAAUUUAUAACAAUUCAAUAGCAAGACAGAAUCUAAACUGACCCAUAAGAUGAUUAUUUUAAACCUAGAAAUGAUUCUCAUAAAAGAAUUAUUUCAACUCAUGUUGCAAAUACUCAGAAUAACAAAUCUAGUUAUUUAGCUACAAGAACACAAACUGAAUCAUGUGAAUAUUAAGAACGAAAAAGAAAACAUAACUCAUCUCAUUAUGAAACUUCAAAUGUUUAAAAACACCAGAGAAACAAGACAGCUUAAAAUGUAUUAAAUCUGAUAAGUAACAAAUAUUCAUAUCACAGAAGAUUAAGAACUAAAGCGUCAGUAAUCAGUAAAAGCAUGUUAAGAUAAAGCUUAAAGUAAUUAAAAUAAAGUUAUGAAAAAACCAUCAACAUCCUAACAUGCUGAACCUAAUAGGUCCAACAAUUCAGUUCAUAGUUUUCGUAAAUAGCCAACUGAGGUAAGUCAAAUCCCUCGACCUUUUUCAUGUGCUGAGUAAAUUGAAGAAUCACAUCAUUCCGUAAAUUCUUUGUUUAUCCUAGUUUUAAAAGGAUCUAAGUAUGGAUAUGGGCAAUUAUUAGAAACAAAAUGGAGACUAUUCAGAUAAUUAACAAUAAAUAAAGAAGCUAUUACAAUAAUAUCAAUAGAAACAUAGUCUAAAUGACACUUUAACCAAAAAAUUACUAUAAGAAUACAAAAAAAGAUAAGGAUACAACUGUAAGACAAUCUAUUGA